AUGGGGAAGAAGGGCAAGAAGAAGAAGGCGGCAGCGCCAGAGCCGGUAGAGGAAAUCCCGGCCGACCUCAAGGAGCUGACGAUCCCGAAUCUCCGAGAUCGAAUCGAUGCCUUCCAGUAUCGUCUCAGCAAGGCGGCAAAGGACAGAAAUUACAUGCAGCUGGAGAAAGACAUGGUGAACAGGUUCUACGAGAUCACCAAGUCAGAGGUCAAACAGGUGGAGGCCGAACUACUAAACAUGGAUCGAAAGAUGGAGAUCUUGGAACGUGAUUUCCGAGUCCACAUCAAAGUCCACGAGCAAAAGGUGCAAAACCUGGAGUACGAACACAAGGAAGCCAAGAGGCAGGUGGGUGAGAAUGGUGACAUGGACCUCCAAAAAGCGCGCGACCUGCACUCGGAGCAGCUCCUCGACAUGAACAAGGAGAAGCUGGAGCUGAAACGGGACAUCCGGGAAACCCAGCUGGAGAACGAGGACGAGGUGAAGAUGAUGCUGCAGGGCUUCGCGAAGAGACUUCAGAAUCUUCGCGACACCUUCGAGCAGAACCAUCUUUCCCUUCAGGCUCAGUACGAGGAGCAGGUGGAGCAGCUGAAGAUUGAUUUAGAGCUCCGGCGCAAGGUGGAGAUCCACGAGAUCGAGGAGCGCAAAAAUCAGCAUAUCAACGAGCUUCUCUUCAAUCACCAGGAGGCUUUCGAUGAGAUCAAGGCCUACUACAACGACAUCACCCAUGACAACCUGCAACUAAUAAAGUCUUUGAAGGACGAAAUCUUCGAGAUGAAGGAAAAGGAGAAGACCAACAAGAAGAAGAUGGACUUGCUCCGGCAGGAGAACCGGGACCUCACCCGGCCCCUGGAGGAGAAGCUCAAACAGCAGCGGGCCUUGGAGGAGGAGCUCAAAACCUACACCAAGGACAAGAUGGCCCUGAAAAAUUUGAAGGCGCACUUCAAGAAGCUCGAGGAGCAAAUCACGGAGGCCAAGCAGGAGUACAGGACUUGCGAGGACAAGUACCGGAAGAUGGAGAAGGAGCGAGAUGACUUGUACAAGCGCUUCAAGAAGGCAGUGCAAGAAAUCCAGCGCAAGGCAGAACUCGGGAAGAAUGUCGUCCUGGAGAAGAAGCUCGAAACACUCGCGCAGCAGUUCGAUGAGAAGCAAGCGCAGCUCACCGAAGUCCUGACCAAUGCAAGACUGGAUCCGACCAUUGUUGCCAAUGUCACGAAGAAGUUGGAGCAAGUCCUCGGUGCCAAGAACCGGCAGAUCAAGGACCUCCAAUACCAGGUUCACCAAUCCACGAAGCAAUACAACGACACCAUCCGCGUCUACGAGAGCAAGCUCCAGGGGCUGGGUGUCGAUCCAGAGGAAAUCGGCUUCGAGGCCAUUCAGACGGCGACAUCUCUGAUGCCAGCGCGCCUGGUGACGCGAGCCUGCGACUUAGUUCUUUGUUUUUUACCGAAACACAGAAACUCACAGAAGGGUUAG